GGUUGUUUGGCCUCUCUCUCCCCUCUCCCUUCUCCCUUUUGUGACGCUCCUAGCUCUCCCACUGCCCCCCUCACGUCACCACCACGUCGAGGGGGCACCGUAACACAACCCCCACCCCCGUCACGCCCCGCCCCGCCCCGCCACGCCCCUGUAACACGUUGUAACAUGUAAUUUUGUGACUGGUGGCUUUUAAAUGUCUGUUUUGUGAUAUUUUUUUUUUUUUUGUAUUUUUGCUAUGCUCCCUGUCACGCUCCUCCCCCCCUCCCUGUCAGCUGCUCCCCCUUCCCCCUUUCUUUUCCUUCGCCCCCUGUGCUCACCCCCACGCCCCCUCCCAUGCUGUAAUGCUGUUCAGUAAUUCACAGCAUAUGAGAUAAAAACAGCAUCUGUUAAACUAUUGUUGCUGUUGUUGUUAUUGUUGUUGUUGUUGUUGUUGUUCUCGUUCUCGUCGCUGUCCUCGUCGUUCCUCCUCCGCCGUCAGUGAGGCCGCCGCCGCCAUGCCAUGAGGGGCAGCCGCCGCCAUGACAGUGUACCAGAACGGCGGUGGGUCGUCGGUGCCGCCGCCGCCGCCGCUGGUGUGCCGCCCCCACCUGAACCCUGCCUCGCCGCCCCUGCUGUCCCCGCUGGACCCCUCCUCGCGCCUCUCCCCCCUCCACCCACCCUUCCACUAUGAGGACGGGGCGGCGCCCCCCGCCACCCACGCGGCCACCACGCCCAUGCCUGUGGCAGGGGAGGCGCGCACGUGCUGCUCUGGUGCGGCGGGCUCGGCGGGGGACACAGGAGCGCGGCGCACCAAACUGCACGAGACAUACAUCACGGUGGAGGCGCGACGUGAGCGCGAGGCUGAGCGGCGCCUGGCGGAGGCGUGGAAGCGGAAGCGGCGGCGUGGUGAGGCGGGACAGGGCGCAGCAGAGCACCUGCGGUCGGCGCCGCUGGGCCGCGUGCGUCACCCGCUGCAGGAGAGCGUGGUGGCGGGCGCGGUGAGUGGCGUAGCGGGCGUGCUGGCCACCUGCCUGCUCAGCGUGCCCCUGGCGCUGCUGCUGCUGCUGGUGCUGCCCCUCGCGCUGCUGGCCAAGGGCCUGGCCGCUGCCUGCCGCCUGCCCCGCGCCCCGUCCUGUCUAGCGGCGUGCCAUGGGGACUACCUGUCGCCACACGACGCACAGUUCCUGCUGCAGGAGGCGGACCCGCGCGCCGUCAUGCACAGCGUGCUCGUCAUCGACGCCGCCAUGAACCUCAAGCGGGUGAAGCAGCUGCUGGCGGCGCGCGUGGUGGAAGCUCGCACGGGCGCGGGUGCCCUGCUGUACCCACGCUUCACACAGACGGUGACGUGGUUGGCAGCGGGGCCCGCCUGGGUGCACGACGCCACCUUCAGCCUGCACAACCACGUGUUCGAGGGACCCGCCGUGGCCAGCGAGGAGGCGCUGCAUCGCUACGUGGGCGCGCUGCUCUCCCAGCCGCUGCCAACCGCACGCCCGCUGUGGGAGGUGAUCGUGCUGCACGACUACGGGCGGAGCCGCGACACGGUGCUGGUGUGCCGCCUGCACCACUGUCUGUCUGACGGCAUGUCGCUGGUGCGCGUGCUGUGCCAGUCCCUCUCAGACAACCAGAUCAUGCACAUCCCGCAGAAGCCACACUUCGGCGGCACCACCUACGGUAUGAACUUGGCGCGCGGCCUGCUGGUGGGCCCCCUCACCGCCCUCACCUGGCUGCUGGCCUGGCGCCCUCAGCUCAACCCACUCACCCUGCUCCGCGGCUCGGCGUGCCCUCCUCCCCCCCGCCGUGCCGCCCCCGCAUGCUGCUGCUGCUGCGGCGGGCGCGAGGAGGUGUCGGCCCGUGAGGCGAACGAAGGUGGCGGCGCCUACACCGUGUGGGGGGAAGGGGAGGGUGCUGGGGAGGGACAGGUAGUGGUGUGGGGGGCGGGCGUGACGGUGGGGGGCGUGGUGCGGGUGAAGCAGGUGACCCGCACCUGUCUCAACGACGUGCUGUUGGCGGCCGUGGCGGGGGCACUGCGCCUCACCCUGCAGCGGCGCGGCGUGCGCCACCCCAGGGACCUCAGGGCAAGCGUGGCCGUGGACUUAAGGAGCAGCCCACCGCCCUUCUCCGUCCCCCGCCUGGGUACCAAAGCCGCCCUUGUGCCCCUGUCCCUCCCUCUCUCCUGGGACGCCGCCAUACCCCGCUUGUGGGAGGUCAGGGCGCGGGUUGAUGACAUGAAGGCGUCAGCGGAGGCGGUGGUGGCGUACGGGCUGGUGUGGUGGGCUUACAAGUUACUGCCGGCGCCCCUCACUCGCUCCCUCCUUCGUCACCUGUACCGCCGCUGCUCCGUACAAUAUUCGUCACUGCCAGGCCCCACGUCACCGCUUCUCCUCGGCGGGUACACAGUGAAGCACAUUUACAACAUCUCCCCCCCACGUGACCCCACCCCCCUCAGCGUCACAGUGCUCACCUACGCCGACCAGGUACACGUGUCAGUGGCCGCUCGCUCCUCCAUGCCCGCCGCCCCCGCUGUGGCUAGACUUCUGUUGCAGGAGUUCCAAAAUCAGUGUAUACAGAUGUGUGAGCUGCUAGCCAACAGACGCAUCCCAGGGGAGCAGCGGCGCGGGAUGGUGUUUACCCCGGGGGAACUGGGACGGGGUCACUCCCUGUCUGAGCUUCAGGAAAAACUACGGCGUGUACAGACGGAACUGACGGAGGUGACUCAGCUAUGGGAGGCAACCAGACGCAACGCCCUCGCACACCCGCCACGCCCACAGGAGGCUGAGGAGGAGGAGCAGGAGGAAGGGGGCGGCGUCACUGCGGGGUCUGCUUUACUGGGGAGGAACAGCGGCCCAGGGAGCGGUGCGGGGGCGAAGGGAGGGCGCGGCAGGCUUCCCCACAUGGAGGAGGCAUUGUGCACCCGCGUCCAGCACUUGAAGGGAGAGUUCACUAACCUGCUGGCGGAGAUACGAAGGAGGAAGAGCGUGUCGGAGGGAAGGGUGGUCGGCGUGGGCAGCCAAACGGAGUUUGAGGAAGAUGAUGGCGAGGUGAGGCGGCCGAGGAAGCGAGCCCUGUCCGCUGCCUCCACCUGGUCCACCUCCUCUGGUACCAACGAGGUGUCUUCCUGUCUGGCGCGCCCACUCACCACGCCCACCCAGCACACGCCCACGUCCCUGCCCCCCGCCUCGCACCCCUCCAGAGGCUGUCUUGUCACUGAUAUCACCUGAGGGCAACUUGAGACGCGUGUGUGAUGGGCUGACGAAGGCGCGGCCGGGGAUGUCACGGCGUACUGAAGGAAAGGAAGGUGAUUGGUGCGUUUUGCAGCUGAUUGGUGAUUGGCUGGUGAUUGACGUGGUGUGUUGUGAUUGGUGGUGUUAAAAGUGACGUGAUUUGUGAAGGAUUGACGUGUUGUGAUUGGCUACUUAAAGGUUUUUGUAAGUGCAGGAGUGGAUACUUAAGGAAGGGCGUCUGUGGUGUUGAUAAGUGAAGGGAAUGACUUACUUACAACGUUCGUGAGUGCCAGAAGUUGCUUGUUAUCGUUGGUAAGUGAAGCAAAAGUCACUUGUAGCGUUUAUAAGUGGAGGGAAUUAUUAGAAGUUGUUUGUAAGUGAGAGGAGCAAACUGAUAAGAGCAAGACUAACACAAAAGUACAAGUGACACUCAAAACUACAAUAAGACAACAAAAAAACGAAGAAAACGUGCAUAAUAACUGAUAAUAAUAAUAAUAACAAUAAUAAUAAUAAUAAUAAUAAUGAUAGUCUUCUAGUCUUCACAUGCAUAUUUAUUAUCGCGUACUAUUAUUACUACAGGCGUUACUACUACUAUUACUACUAUUACUACUACCGUUAAUAGCUCUGCAAACGAUGUCACCUUUUUACAACCCUCAUAUAAGUGCCUUGUGUUGUGUUGUGUUGUGGUGAUGAUGGUGAUGAUGGCGAUGAUGGUGAUAGUGAUUGUAUGAAUAUGUAUUGUUAUUGUUGUUACUACUAUUAUUAUUAUUUUUAUUAUUAUUAUUAUUA